AUGGCGAAGAAGAAGAGAGUGGUUCGAAAGCUAGUUUUCCAAUCGCCUGAUCAAGGUUCGUUAAUUGCCUCUCAUGAAGGAGAAGAUGUAGAGGAAGUUGCUGGUUCUUCAGCUGGAUUGGACCUAAUUGCAGAAGUGGUGAAUUCAGGGGAAAACAGUCCGACUAAUAGCAGUCGUGAGCGUCCGUCUGAUUCGAAGGUUGAUACGAAUAUUCAGCGCAGCUCAAGUUGGGCUAAGGAGGUGGAGUCGAAACCUGAAUCUGAGGAUGGGAUGAAGAUAGCUCAAGUGGAUCUAGAGGAGGUGAUAAUGCAAGCUGCUAACUGGAGUUCGGCUGUUAUCUGCAUGGUUUUGGGAGCAAAUCCUCCUAUGGCUGUGUUUGAGGGUUUUAUCAAGCGAAUUUGGGGACACCUUGAGAUUGCUCAAGUGGCUAGAAUGACAAUGGGUUUGAUUAUGGUUAGAUUCAAUGAUGAUGCUACUAGAGAUCAGGUCUUAGAGUCAGGGGUGCUUCAAUUUGAUCGAAAGCCAGUUAUCAUUAGGCCUUGGAUUACAGAUCUGAAUACUCUUAAACUUGUGCAAUCUGUGCCCUUAUGGAUCCGUUUACACGACUUAGGUCUUCAGUACUGGGGGAACAAGAGUUUAAGUGCCUUAGUUAGUAUUGUUGGGAAACCAAUUAUGGUGGAUCAACAUACUAGAGAUCGUACUAGAGUCCAAUUCGCUAGGGUCUUGGUUGAGAUGGACAUUACGGACUCUCCUCCUCGUAUUAUCCAAUUUCUAAAUGAACAUGGACAACUAGUGGAGCAGGGCAUCGAUUACGAAUGGCUUCCUAUGAAGUGUAAGCAUUGUUCGGGGUAUGGGCAUCUUAUGGCUGAAUGUCGUAAGGGGGAAAAUGUUACAAAAGGAAAACUGAAUGUUGCAGCAAAGUCUGGUGCAGCUCACAAAACUUAG